AUGAAUAUUUCAUGCCAGAAUGACAUCCGUUACAUGCUUCCCAUCUGGAUGGUUCCUAAAGAUCUCGGCUUCAUCAACAAACCUGUGUUCAUCCUAAAAACCAAAACUGUGUGUCCCUGUGGGGUGGGCUCUGCCUGCACUCCGUGGGGGGAGUGCUGCCACCCCGAGUGCCUGGGGGGCUGCGGGAGGCCCCGGGACAGCGGCUCCUGUGUCGCCUGCCGCCACUUCCAGUUCCAGGGGGUCUGCCUGCCCUCCUGCCCCCCCCGCACCUACGAGUACGAGGGCUGGCGCUGCGUCACCUCCGAGUACUGCGCCAGCCUGCUCAAGGUCUCCCACCACCCCGGGGAUGCCUCCCAGUUUGUCAUCCACCGGCAGCAGUGCCUCUCCGAGUGUCCCUCGGGGUACACCAGGAAUGACAGCAGCAUUUUCUGCCACAAGUACAACUUGGCCUCAGAGCUGCAGGGCAGCCUGGGCCUCAUUGAGACCAUCACGGGCUUCCUGAAGGUCAAGCACUCCUUUGCCCUUGUCUCCUUGUCCUUCUUCAAGAACCUCAAGCUGAUCCGUGGUGACUCCAUGGUGGAUGGAACCUGCAGGCAGCUCUGGGACUGGAGCCACCACAUCCUCUCCAUCCCCGUGGGCAAGAUGUAUUUUGCCUUCAACCCCAAGCUGUGCCUGGCUGAGAUUUACCGCAUGGAGGAGGUGACGGGCACCAAGGGGCGGCAGAACAAGGCAGAGAUCAACCCCCGCACCAACGGGGACAGAGCCUCCUGCAAGACCCAAACCUUGCGCUUCAUCUCCAAUGUCACCGAGUCCGACCGCAUCUUCCUCAAGUGGGAGCGGUACCGACCCCCGGAGUACCGGGACCUCCUCAGCUUCAUCGUUUACUACAAGGAGUCACCCUUCCAGAACGUCUCUGAGUACGUGGGGCAGGACGCUUGCGGGGCUCAGAGCUGGAAUGUGCUGGACGUGGAGCUGCCACUCAGCAGCGAGCAGGAGCCGGGGGUGACGCUGCUCAACCUCCGUCCCUGGACCCAGUAUGCCAUCUUUGUCCGGGCCAUCACCCUCACCACUGCCGAGGAAGGACGCAACUACGGAGCUCAGAGUGAGGUGGUCUACAUCCGCACCAUGCCGGCGGCCCCAACAGUGCCCCGAGAUGUCAUCUCCAUGUCCAACUCCUCCUCCCACAUCGUGGUGCGUUGGAAACCCCCGACCCAGCGCAACGGCAACAUCACCUACUACCUGGUGCUGUGGCAGCAGCUGGCAGAGGACAUGGAGCUCUAUGUCAACGAUUACUGCCACAAAGGGCUGAAGCUGCCCACCAGCAGCGCUGACACCCGGUUCGGGGACGGGGAGGGCUCGGAGGCGGAGCAGGAUGCGGAGGAGCGGUGCUGUCCCUGCCGCCCGGCAGACGGGCAGCUCCGCAUGGAGGGGGAAGCUGAGUCCUUCCAGAAGAAGUUCGAGAACUUCCUCCACAACUCCAUCACCAUCCCCAGGCCACCCUGGAAGGUGACAUCCAUCAACAAGAACCCCCAGAGGACCCCGAAGCAGCGCAGGGACCUGGCGGCCGUCACCUCCCCAACCAACUCCUCUUGGGUGGCUCCGCCUUCCCCAGGCGGCUCCGGGGACCAACCCAAGCCCAAGUUCCAGAUCUUCGAGGACAAGGUGGUGCGGGACCGGGCGGUGCUGUCGCGGCUGCGGCAUUUCACCGAGUACCGCAUCGACAUCCACGCCUGCAACCACGCUGCCCACACCGUGGGCUGCAGCGCUGCCACCUUCGUCUUUGCCAGGACCAUGCCAGAGUUGCAAGCCGACAACAUUCCUGGCAAUGUCACCUGGGAACCAUCCGGGAAAAACAGCAUCCUGCUGCGCUGGGGGGAGCCCCAAAACCCCAACGGGCUCAUCCUCAAGUACGAGAUCAAGUACAGCCGUGAGAGUGAGGAUGUCAUCACCGUGCUCUGUGUCUCCCGGCACCGUUAUUCCAAGUACGGGGGGGUUCACCUGGCACUGCUCCAGCCUGGGAACUACUCGGCCAAGGUCCGGGCCACCUCCCUGGCAGGAAACGGCUCCUGGACCGGGCUGGUCCGGUUCUACAUCCUGGGGCCAGCCGAGGAGGAGUCUGGCAGCUUCCACAUCCUGCUGACAGUCACACCCGUGGUCCUCAUGCUCCUCAUCUCCUGCCUCGCUGUCCUCGUCUUCUUCUACAACAAGAAGAGUGGGAACCCUCUACACCUCCGUAACCCCGAGUACUUCAGUGCCUCCAAUGUGUACAUCCCUGAUGAAUGGGAAGUGUCCCGGGAGAAGAUCACAGUGAUCCGGGAGCUGGGGCAGGGCUCCUUCGGGAUGGUGUAUGAGGGGCUGGCCCUGGGGCUGGUUGCCGAGGGCCAGGAGACCAGGGUGGCCCUGAAGACGGUCAACGAGUUGGCCACCGUGCGGGAACGCAUCGAGUUCCUCAACGAGGCCUCCGUCAUGAAAGCCUUCAAGUGCCACCACGUGGUCCGUCUGCUCGGGGUCGUGUCCCAGGGCCAACCCGCUUUGGUCAUCAUGGAGCUGAUGACGCGCGGGGACCUCAAGAGUUACCUGCGCUCGCUCCGGCCUGACGCCGAGAAUAACCCCGGGCUGCCCCCUCCAUCCCUGGGAGCCAUGAUUCAGAUGGCGGGGGAGAUCGCCGACGGCAUGGCCUACCUCAACGCCAACAAGUUUGUGCACCGGGACCUGGCUGCCCGCAACUGCAUGGUGUCUGAGGACUUCACUGUCAAGAUUGGAGAUUUUGGCAUGACCCGGGACAUCUACGAGACGGAUUAUUACCGGAAAGGGGGGAAGGGGCUGCUCCCCGUGCGCUGGAUGUCCCCGGAGGCUCUCAAGGAUGGCAUCUUCAACACCCAAUCCGAUGUCUGGUCCUUCGGGGUGGUGCUGUGGGAGAUCGCCACUCUGGCCGAGCAGCCCUACCAGGGCAUGUCCAACGAGCAGGUCCUGCGCUUCGUCAUGGACAACGGCGUCCUGGAGAGGCCCGAAAACUGCCCCGACAAACUCCACGAGCUGAUGUGCUGGUGCUGGCAGCAGAACCCCCGCCAGCGUCCUUCCUUCAUCCAACUCCUGGAGAGCAUCAAGGACCACAUGGCCCCCACCUUCCGUGCCCUCUCCUUCUUCUACAGCUCCCAGAACCGUCCCCGGGGCUCCGGGGAACCCACCGAGGCUGAGCUGACCCCCCUGGAUGAGGAGCCCCUCGCCUCCCCUCUGCCCACCCGCAGCCCCAGACAGCUCCCCAAUGGGACCGGGGGGCUCUGA